AGCAAUUUGGGACCGGCGACCGGAGAUUUAACACUGCGCUUCCUUACAAAGUUCGGGGGUGCUGUAAAUCUUAAUGGUCAGCCGGUUAAAAAAGUCGAAAUCCCCGAAAACGAAAAAGUAAAAGCUGAUAACUGCGAGCUAGACUACCAAAUUGCGAGUAAAGUGCGAAUCUAGGACUUAAAAAUAAAAGCAUGCCUCAGCUAAAACUAAAACAAGAAGUCCCUAACGAUAACAAACGAGACGGCAAGAUGUUUUAUCUUCGCAAAGAAGCCAUUACAGCGAAGAAAAAAAAGGGAAUCACGACGGGGGAAGACCACAAAGAAGAGAAAAACGAAAAGGUGAACAGUGACGAAUACAGAAACAGACACAAUAGCCAGAGCUCACCCGAGACCGUGAACCCGCGAAGAAACAGUAGCAAGGACAGUGUACAGGGUAGGAAGCUCCCAAAACGAGAGGCUCCAAAAGCGACCACAACUAGUUACAUUUCAAUCAAGGACCCGCUUCGAUCCACGCCACCAGAACGGUACAGCGAACGAGGCUCAUUCAUACUGCACGAAGCGGUGGCCAGCGGUCUGUUAGACUUUGCUGAAAUACUGAUCAACGCGGGCGCUGAAGUGACGGAGCUAACGCCAAAUGGACUCACACCGCUUGAGGUUGCAGUUUUGGCGGGAAACUUCGACGCGGCCGCGCUAUUGUUGAAGUACGGGGCCCCUGUGGCGCCGAUACGAAACGGUGCUCCAACAUCAGUGAAGAUGUAAUUGGAUGGUUUAUGAACCUCCCAGUUUAUAAUUUACUCAGUGGUAUUGGCUUACUUAACAAGUAAGGAAGGGAGUUGAUUAUAAGUAACGUACUUGGUAUUGAAAGUGCUUUCACUGAAUCCGAGUGAACCGACGUACUCAGUUUGUAUGUAACACCAGUCAAACAGGUCAUGCAGGAAUGACAGGCUGUGCAACCAACAGCAUAUCAGGCUAUGUCAAUUGAUAAACCUCUCAACAGUGGUUUGGAGUUGCUUUAGUUGCGUUAGAACGCAUAUUUUUACAAGAAGUUGUUCAAAUUUAUCAACGAUCUUUAUGGCAAAUUACAUAUAUUGUAUAAUUGCAUAACUUUUACUUUAAAACGAAAAUCAAGUUAUCGAACAUAAAAA